UGUUUAUAAAUUGGGUAGAUCGAUUUUUGGUCUAUUCUUAUUUGGUUCGUAGAAGAUUUAGUCGUUAAAAGUUGGAGUAUUGAAAUACGAGAAGUCUAUUUUGGGCUGAUUUUGGAAAGUUUCAAAUAAAACUUUUUACGUCUUUCGUGUUUUAUUCUCAUGUAAAAWGACACGAAAAGAUACACGGAAAGACAUGUAUCUGUCAAAUUAGCUUCAAACUGUUCAGAUCUUCAUGCAAAAGCUCAAUGCAUCUUUUAACUAUCAGAGCUAACAGAAAAUCUUUCCAAAAUGACUUACUAAACAGGCAAAAUGGUCAAAGAUUCAACAUUAUAUACAGAUAGAUCGUUUGGUGCCUAGCUAGGUGCCAAGGAGUAAAAGACAAAUAGGCAAGCAAUUUGUAAGUAAAUUAAGAUGAGAAGUUGAGAGAGUGGCAUCACGUCAUGGAUGGAAAGAUGGGGACAUCAUCUUUGCCCAUGUCUCACAUGAUUACUGUUCGCAGCGAACUGAACUCACUCCCCAAGUGCUCCGGCCACUAACUCGAUCUCCAAAUCCAUUGAAUCAGAAAACUAUUGGCACUUCCCCUUAAUUUCUCCUCUUUAAAUCCCCCAACUCCCAUCUCUAGUGUUGAAUAACAAUAACAAAUUAUAAGUGUGUAGAGGGGAUGGAGCAUUCUCAUGAUGAUGGGCGUCUAAGUACCAAGGGCGUUUCUCUUCAGGAGCUGAGAGAUAGGCUUUCAGAGUUUGCCAGUGUAAGGGGAUGGGAUCGAUUUCAUAGCCCUAGGAAUCUCCUCCUAGCCUUGGUGGGAGAGGUUGGGGAGCUCUCUGAGAUCUUCCAAUGGAAGGGUGAGGUAGCCAGAGGACUCCCCAAUUGGACUUCUGAUGAUAAGGAGCAUUUAGAGGAGGAACUCUCUGAUGUUUUGCUAUAUCUAGUUCAACUUGCAGAUGUUUGUGGACUUGAUCUUGGCCAAGCUGCUCUUUCCAAAAUGGUUAAGAAUGCUCACAAGUACCCGGUUGUCAGUUCAUCUCCUCCAUCAACUGGCAAUUAGGAUGCACCCUUACCUUCAAUGCUCUCAUCUUCCUCCAUCUCUUUUUCUAUUCCUUUCCCCCUUUUUGGAUAAUUGGGUUCAAAGAACAUUCGAGGAUGUUGACAAAGAACAAGGUCCCAAGUGAACUAGCACUAGCUAGAUCUAGAAUUAAUAAGACUUUGUAGCUGUUACUAUCUUCUAAUAAAUCUGUCAAGUCAUAUGCCAA